AUGUUUACCUCACUGGGUUUGUUCAAUGCAAUCGAUUGCCCUGAAGGGAAGGAAUGCCAUCUUAUAAGUUGCAUAUUUUCUCACUUGGAUUCGAAGUCCAAAGAGCCACAACCGCAAACUCUACAAUCAGACACUCUGAAAGACGCCACCACUCAACAAGAGCCCGUGCCAAAGAGGAGAAAAUUUGAGCAUAACAGCAAAACCAGCACCAUCGAGAUACAAUUAGAACGAAAAGCACAGAGGUCCCACGAUGUAGAACCACGGCGAGAAGUCAGUAAACUUGGCUCUGUGACUAGAAAGGUCUCUCCCCCUCCGGCCAAAGCACGCCAAAAGGGAGAAGGAAAGGAAAAGCCCACAGUCACCGCAACUUCUGCUGGUCAGCCAUCAAAAGAUGGAACGCCUUCACUUCGGCGGAAAGUCCCCAAGGAGCCCUUGAAUCCACGAAUGCUCAUGAAAGCACCCGCACCCCACUCAGUGCGGUCAUCAAUCUUACAAAAGCUUCAUGCAGCCAUGUCGGCACUCAAUGAACAGAUGGUUAAAAUCAAAGACAAAGACAAAGACAAAGAAAAGUCCUCACUGGUACUUUCUGCGGACGAACUGGUUGUCAUGGCUCUGGACGAGGAGCACAAGGCGGCAAAGGAUAACCCGAAGGUGUAUGGAAACAUCGUCAAACUACGUAUCGUUAAAUUGCAAAAGAUGGCACUAGAGGACUGGGAGAGCGAGGUUUUGGCUCACCUUAAUACGCGAUAUUACAAGAUCGAGAAGCCAGAGUCCCCUCAGCAGGUGAAGCGAUUUACAACAAAUAUGGAAGUAGACGAGGAGAUUACCAUCGCACGAAUGUUGCGGACUGAGCUGAAGGGCAAAGAACAAUUUGGUUACAUUACAAAGGCACCUAGCCCAGAGGAAAUCGAACAAGCCAAGAAGGGCAUUGAGACUGCUCAAGGUUGGGAGAAAUGUGACCGAUGCGCCGGACGAUUUCAGGUAUUCCCUGGUCGGCGUGAGGAUGGCACCCUGGCUACAGGCGGUCGUUGCACUUACCAUCCAGGCAAAAUUAUACGUCCUGCCAGAAAAGCCACGGACCAUAUAACAGGCCAGGCUGAUGCAUAUUUUCCAUGCUGCAAUGAGACAGUCGGGACUUCCGCAGGAUGUACGAAAGCAGAACACCAUGUAUUCAAGGUUUCGGAAGGGAAGCGGUUGGCUGCUGUACUUCAAUUCGAAGAAACGCCUGCACAAGAGGACAAAGUUCCUCGAAAACCAGUCACUUUUGACUGUGAAAUGGCCUAUACAACUCUCGGCAUGGAACUAGUCCGUUUGACAGCCCUAAGUUGGCCCGAUGGGGAGAUGCUUCUCGACGUCCUAGUGAAACCCAUCGGAGAAAUUCUUGAUCUCAACUCGCGAUACUCCGGCAUUUUCCCAGAACACUACACAAAUGCGAUACCAUUCGGCACCCAAGUUCUUGAAAACAAAGCUGGGGUGGAAGAAGGAGAGAUAAUAUCUCCUUCAAUGCAGGUUGUAGACUCUCCUGCCAGAGCGCGGGCCCUCCUUUUCAAAUACCUAGAUCCGGAUACACCUUUGAUCGGACAUGCAAUUGAGAACGAUUUGAAUGCCGCGCGAAUCAUUCACCCAACUGUCAUUGAUACUGUACUAUUGUACCCACACCCCGAGCAUCUAUCCAAGUUACAUCUGGAUCGAGAUAUUCAGAUGGGCGGUGACAAGGGCCACGACUCAAAAGAAGACGCACUAGCAACUGGCGACUUGGUGAGGUUCAAGGUUGCUGAGAAAGCCCAAGUUUUGAAGCGUGCAGGAUGGACAUUCCAGCGCAAUCCAUGA